UUCCGCUGUGGGUUUUUCUCCAUUUCUCGCAGUUUUGAAGAGAGAGGGAGAGAGACAGCGUUUUUGUCAGGUGGAGCCUACCAUUCCAUACCUCGUCAAGAUCAGACCUUUUUGGAGAGGCCCUUUUUCAUUUCUUCAACGGUGCUCCUGUUCUUUGCACACCAAUCCCCUCAGACACAGUACGUAUAAUAUAGAGAUAGUCAAGACAGAGCGAGACAGAGUUUUUUAGUUAGACAGCGAAAGGGAUGAGUGAGAGAGAGUGAAAGCAAAAGAGACAGCUACUUGAGUUUUGUGGAUUUAUAUUUUAUUUAUUGAGAAGGUUGGCUAAGUUCAUUGUAGUGAUUGUGGACAGCUCAGAAUGAUUUGGAUUCCGUGAAAUUUGAAUUCCUUCAUCGAAUAUGUAUUUAAGUUUGACGUAGUGGGUUGAUGUAUAUGGUGGCAAAAGAUUAAAUCUAUGAUACCCAGUUUGAGAUUUGAAACCAAAGUGGCAUCUUGAAUCUAGGAUGCAUAAAUGGGAUUCAAAUUCUUUGAAAUGAAGGAAAGUUGGUAACAUGGACGCUGAAGAAGAUAGGAGCAGGUUUGGGUCAUUGCCGGAAAUGACCAUAAGGAAUAUGUCUUCGUCAUCUUCGGCAUUCUUUUCAGCAAACCAGUCACCUUUCAUUUCUCCAAGAUCACCAUCAUGUCAACAAUCAUGUACACGGUCUGAUGUCCCAUGCGACAACAUUCAAUUGAGUGGUGAUCCUCUUAGUUCCAGCUCGGGGAUUCCUGAUCCUGAAUCUCUUGCCAAUAUCAGAUAUACCUGGCCCGACAUGUCUCCAAUUCCUGUCACUUCUAUCGCAAGCGAUUUCCAGAAGGUUGAUAAUGUAUCAUCUUCAACUGGGAUCGGAAACAGCAUGAUAUCUAGUUACAGCCAUGCUCAUGACCAUGGAUAUUCUGUGCUUGGAGAGAAGCAUAGACAGCAUGGGAGGAAUCACCAAAUAUCUUAUGUUCCUGCUUCUGUUUCACUUUCCUCUAACAGACUGAGGAGCUGUGAUGUGUUCAUAGGUUUGCAUGGUCGCAAACCUUCAUUACUGAGGUUUGCCAAUUGGCUCCGAGCUGAGUUAGAGAUCCAAGGCAUGACCUGCUUUGUGUCUGAUAGAGCACGUUGUAGGAACUCUCGCAAACAUGGAAUUGUUGAGAGGGCAAUGGAUGUUUCUUCUUUUGGGGUAGUAAUCCUGACAAAGAAGUCUUUCCGAAACCCGUAUACCAUUGAGGAACUGCGAUUCUUUUCUGGGAAAAAGAAUUUGGUCCCAAUAUUCUUUGAUUUGAGUCCAGGUGAUUGCCUUGCCAGAGAUAUCAUUGAGAAGAGGGGAGAGCUGUGGGAAAAGCAUGGGGGUGAGUUGUGGCUGUUAUAUGGAGGGUUGGAGAAAGAGUGGAAAGAAGCCAUUAAUGACCUCUCUCGGAUUGAUGAGUGGAAACUGGAUGCCCACGAUGGUAACUGGAGAGAUUAUAUCUUAAGGGCUGUCACAUUACUUGCAAUGAAGUUAGGAAGGAGAAGUGUUGUAGAACGGUUGACCAAAUGGAGAGAAAAGGUGGAGAAAGAGGAGUUUUCAUUCCCUAGGAAUGAAAACUUCAUCGGCAGGAAGAAAGAAUUGUCUGAGCUGGAAUUUAUACUUUUUGGCGAUGUAAGUGGAGAUGCUGAAAGAGAUUAUUUUGAACUCAAGGCUAGGCCAAGGAGAAAAAACUUGACAAUUGGCUGGAGUAGGAGCAGCUCUAUGGAAGAGAGACGCAGGGAUAGGCAAUGGGAAAGGGGCAGCAAAAAGGGUAAAGAACCAGUCAUAUGGAAAGAGUCGGAAAAAGAGAUUGAGAUGCAAAGCAAUGAAUAUUCUCCAAAGCAGCACCAGGUAAGACCAAAAAGUAGUGGACGGUAUGCGAGGAGGAAAAGGUCAACAAAGAUUUUGUAUGGGAAAGGCAUUGCUUGUGUUUCAGGCGACUCCGGAAUUGGCAAGACAGAGCUUCUUCUGGAAUUUGCUUACAGAUUUCAUCAGAGGUAUAAAAUGGUUCUGUGGAUAGGAGGGGGAAGCAGGUAUAUUCGGCAGAAUUACCUGAACCUGUGGUCAUUUUUAGAAGUUGAUGUUGGGGUUGAAAACUGUUCAGAGAGAAACCGGUUCAAAAGCUUUGAAGAGCAGGAAGAGGCGGCCAUUUCUAGAGUUCGCAAGGAGCUCAUGAGAAACAUACCAUUUUUGAUUGUGAUUGAUAACUUGGAAAGUGAAAAGGAUUGGUGGGAUCACAAACUUGUGAUGGAUCUUCUUCCUCGUUUUGGCGGAGAAACCCACAUUAUAAUAUCCACGCGGCUUCCUCGUGUGAUGAAUUUGGAAACUUUUAAGCUAUCGUACUUGUCUGGGGUAGAGGCAAUGACUUUAAUGCAGGGAAAUGCCAAAGACUACUCAAUCACGGAAAUUGAUGCCUUGAGAGCCAUUGAGGACAAAUUGGGAAGGUUGACUUUGGGCCUUGCCAUUGUGGGAGCAAUUUUAUCCGAGCUCCCUAUCAACCCAAGCAGGCUCUUGGAUACCAUCAACAGAAUGCCCUUGAGGGACUUGUCAUGGAGUGGUAGAGAAGUUCAUUCACUAAUGCGAAGCACUUUCCUAUUGCAACUCUUUGAGGUAUGCUUCUCUAUAUUUGAUCAUGCGGAUGGUCCCAUGAGCUUGGCGACUAGGAUGGUCCAAGCCAGUGGAUGGUUUGCGCCUGCUGCAAUUCCAGUAUCCUUAUUGGCCCUAGCUGCUCACAGAAUUCCUGAGAAGCAUAAAGGGACAUUGUUGUGGAGAAAAUUGUUACGUUCUUUAAGCUGUGGUCUUAGUUCAUCAUACACCAAGAGAUCAGAAGUAGAAGCAUCUUCCAUGUUGUUGCGAUUCAAUAUUGCAAGAAGUAGCACAAGGCCAGGUUAUAUCUAUUUCAAUGAGCUCAUCAAGCUCUAUGCUCGAAAGAGAGGAGUUUUUGGUACUGCUAUUGCCAUGGUUCAAACAGUUAUCAAUCGUGGGUCUAUAUACCAUCAUUCUGAACAUAUAUGGGCAGCAUGUUUCUUGAUAUUUGGGUUUGGUAAUGACCCCAAAGGUGUUGAGCUGAAAGUGUCGGAGUUAUUAUACUUUGUCAAAGAAGUACUUUUGCCUCUUGCCAUCCGAACAUUUAUUACGUUCUCUCGGUGUAGGGCUGCUUUAGACCUCCUGCGCCUAUGCACCAAUGCCUUGGAAGCCGCAGACCAAGCAUUUGUUGCCCCAGUAGAGAAGUGGUUGGAUAAGUCACUUUGUUGGAGGCCUAUCCAGACCAAUGCUGAACUGAAUCCAUGCCUUUGGCAGGAGCUGGCACUAUCGAGGGCCACAGUGCUAGAAACUAGGGCUAAGCUAAUGUUAAGAGGAGGACAAUUUGACAUAGGGGAUGAUCUAAUUAGGAAGGCCAUUUUCAUUAGGACUUCAAUUUGUGGUGAGAACCAUCCAGACACCAUAGCAGCUCGUGAAACUCUCGGCAAACUCACCCGGCUUCUCGCAAAUGUUCAAACCCAUACUUCACCAUAGGUUCUAUAUUCAUUGUCAGAAAUUUUAAAUUAGAAUCAUACAAAGUUCUCAAAUAAACUUCUGUAAACAUUUCAGUGGAACUAAUAUAGAAAAUUAUCUCUGAAUGAGAUGCCAUUACAUU